CGUUGGAACACAUUAGAGAAUGGCGCGAAGGUGCAGAUGUUGGCGUUCCGAGAGAGGAGAGAAGAGGAAGGAGAAGAAGAAUAACUCGGCGGAGGUCUGCUUUUCAAACAGAAGCACUUCAGACGUGUCAACUGAUUCUGCAAAAAAUGGAAGCCUCAGGAGACAUCCAAGUGAAGGAGCUGAACAAGCGUGCUUCAGGUCAGGCAUUUGAGGUCAUCCUGAGCCCCUCAGCUUCAAAUGCUAAGGCUGAAUUUCUGUUGUCCCCACUGAAGAAAAAGGAAACAUCGCUGGAUGAGAUUAAGAAGAAACUGGAAGCUGCCGAAGAGAGACGCAAGAGCCAUGGAGCUGAAACGCUGAAACACUUGGCUGAACAAAGAGAGCACGAGAAGGAGGUUGUGCAGAAGGCCAUGGAGGAAAGAUGCAACUUUAUCAAGGUGACAAAGGAGAAACUCGAUCAGAAGAUGGUAGCGAACAAAGAGAACCGCACUGCACAGAUGGCAGCUCUCACUGAGAAAUUCAAGGAGAAGGACAAGAAGCUCGAAGAAGUGAAGAAGAACAAGGAGGUGAUGAAAGAAAGCAAGAAUUAAGUUGGUAAUGAUCUGGAAAACAGUCGUUGCAACUCCAAAGAUAAGCUGUACUUUUUAAACUGACACUUCUGUAUUGUUUGCUGUGUCGGUUCUGAUAAUGCUGUUGAAUGAAAAUUGGUUGUACAAUGUUAGACUGGGUGUGGAUUUAGUCUGAUUCACUUGUAGAUUUCUUAUUGGCAGCUGAGUACACUGUAGCUCUUUUGGCAUUCCCUAUAUUUUUCUAUUAAGUAUUCAGUUGUACUAAAUUGGUCUUUUUACUUCAUACUGUUGAAAUACAUCGUAUAACAGUCUUUGUUACUGUUCUAAGUUUUAAUCUACUGUACAAUGCCAAGGUUUGAACAUUAAAGUCUAUAUCUACAAUAUAA